UACUGUCAUAUUUAAGUCCUGAAUCUUGAUUAUUCAUUUUCAAAGUGUAUUCACAAUUUCAGUUGAUCUUUGCUAUGUUCUGUUCUUAACAUAUACAUGGAUUGUAUCGAAUUGAUCGCCGCAUUAUGAAUAAAAUGGCAUCAGAAGUCACCACACAGCCUUUUGAAGAAUUGUCCACACUUUUACCUCAGGAGUUAUCUGGCACUAAAAAGUCAUGGCAGGAGCUGAGACAGGUUGUCAGGGAAGCAAGAAAGCUACAAACUCAACUGAUCAACAGGGUACCCAAUAACUUCACCUUCAGAACUCUCCAUGAUGAAAGUGGAAGUAAAACUAGGGUAUAUUUUCUUGGUGUUCCCGAAGGAAGCCGUGAGAAUACUUUGCUAUAUAUUGACAUAGAUCAGAAUACAGACAGCGGUGGGGACCUAAGCUGGAAACCAAUGUUAGAUCAGUUUCAUGCAACCCCUUAUCAAGGAGGUUACUCUAAAGAGGAGCAGUUAUUGAGGGAAAGAAAAAGACUGGGAUCUUUUGGAAUUACAUCUUUUGAUGUAGACUUAGACUGUGGGAAGUUUGUUUUCCCAGCUUGUAACAGUCUUUUUACAUGUACAGAUGAUUGUUUUAUGACAAAACCUGUAUUUCCCACAGAGUUGAAAAGUUGUUGCACUGGUGCAAGACUUGAUCCUAAGAUCUGUCCUAACAACUCCGAGCUCAUUGCCUUCAUCAACAACAACGAUAUCUGGGUCACACACCAAGGUAGCGGGGUGGAGAGGAGGUUGACAUUUGCUCACAAAGGUUUGAGUACGGCUGAGGAUCCCAAGAGUGCCGGGGUGCCAUCAUUUGUGGUACAGGAGGAGUUUGACAGGUAUACAGGCUUCUGGUGGGAACCAAAACAAUACUCAGAGUCUACCAACACAUAUAGAAUUUUAUAUGAGGAGGUAGACGAGUCGGAGGUGGAAAUUCUGCACAUUGUGUCAAAUGAUGAAAAGGGGGUGGAUGAUUACCGGUAUCCUAAAGCAGGAAGUGCAAAUGCCAAGUGUUCUCUGAAAAUCAUUGAAUUUAAACUAGAUGAUGAGGGAAAUAUCUGUGACGGCAUCCUGGAGAAGCACAUGUCAGAAUCCCUGUGUUCGUUGUUUCCCUGGACUGAGUACAUAGUCAGAGUGGGCUGGACCCCCACAGGGAAAUAUGUCUGGGCCCAGUUGUUAAGUAGACGACAGCAGCAGUUGGCUCUGGUGUUAAUCCCUGUGGAUUGUUUUAUGGAAAUCGGCUGUGAUAUUGAGAUGAAAUGCUUCGAUGGAAGUUCUUUAUCUGCAGUUCAAGUGAUUUACCAAGAAACGUCUAACACUUGGGUUAAUGUCCACGAUAUUUUACACUUCUUCCCUGAAGAGAAGUCCCAAGUGUCCUUCAUCUGGGCCAGUGAAAAGACAGGACACAGGCACCUGUACCUGGUCACGUCAAAGCUACACCAUGGGCAGGAGAAUGGUGUGGAGAGGGGAGCCAAUGGUAUGGUGGAUGAUCACUCAGGCUAUUUACAACCAUGUGUUUUAAGUGCAGUGGCCUUAACCUCUGGAGACUGGGAAGUGAUGGGGAAACAGAUCUGGGUUGAUGAAAUUAACCAAAUGGUUUAUUUUAUGGGAUUGAUGGAUACACCUUUAGAAACUCAUUUAUAUGUUGUGCCAAUAAAUGCUCCAGGUUCUAUACGCAGACUGACUGAAAAAGGACACUCACAUGCUGUGGGACUAAGUCCAGCCAGUGGAAUGUUUGUGACAGUGUACAGCAGUAUUGACAUGCCCCCUUGUGGCCAGUUAUUUAACAUUGUCCAUGAUGAUAUGAGUGGCCAGAUCACAGCAGUAUCAUUGGGGAGCAUACUAGAAUCACCUUUUUGCAGAGGUUACAAACCUCCAGAAAUCUUUAGCUAUGACAGUCAGUGUGGCUUCACCAUGUAUGGCAUGCUGUACAAACCUCACAAUCUGGAACCAGGCAAGAAGUACCCCACCAUGCUGUUUGUUUAUGGAGGACCACAAGUUCAGCUUGUCAGUAAUGCAUUUAAAGGGUUAAGAUUUUUACGUCUCCAUACGUAUGCUUCCAUGGGGUAUGCUGUGGUUGUGGUGGAUGGCAGGGGAUCUUCACAGAGGGGGCUGGCUUUUGAGGGUGCAAUCAAAGACUGUAUGGGUAUAGUGGAAAUACAGGACCAGGUGGAAGGCCUCCACCAUAUAGCUUCACAAGUAGACUACAUAGAUCUUAACAGAGUGGCAAUACAUGGAUGGUCAUAUGGUGGAUAUCUUUCCCUAAUGGGACUGGCCCAAAGACCAGAUGUGUUCAGGGUUGCUAUAGCGGGUGCUCCAGUAACCACAUGGAAUCUUUACGACACUGGCUACACUGAGAGGUACAUUGAUACUCCACAGAAUAACCAGGAUGGGUACAAAGAUGGCUGUGUUCUGAACUAUGUAGAGAAAAUACCUUCUGAGGAGAACAGAUUGUUGAUUGUCCAUGGUCAGAUAGAUGAGAAUGUCCAUUUUUACCACACUACAAUGUUGAUUAAUGCACUGGUCAAGGCCUGUAAACCCUACCAGUUACAGGUCUACCCAAAUGAGAGGCAUGGAAUUAGAAACCCUGAGGCCAGCGAGCACUAUGAGACUUUAGUGUUGAGUUUUCUACAGCAACAUUUAUAACACAUACACAUAUAUAUAUAAAUAUAUACAUAUAUAUAUAUGUAAGCUCCUAGUCGGCCACUAAUACAAUUAUCCUCUAGCACAACGGGUAUUGUGAAAAGUGCAAUUAAGAAAACUACUGCAAACUUCCUGGUAGAAGUCAGCCGUUUUCUCCAUGCAUUUUUGAAAAUAUUGCAACCAUAACUUGUUGCUUGCCACAUUAUAUUGCCACAAUAUAGGAAGACUUGUGUUCUCACCCUGAGAUUAUUGGGACAUUAGAUGCCCCUGCACAUCUUGAACUUGAUUGUCCUUUAAGGAAGUGUGGUUUCUACCAGUAAAAGAACAAUUUCCAGGGAAUGUUGGUCUUAAAUUACAUGAAGAUGAUAUUGAUUUUACCCAUUUCAUUGAUUUUAAUGAAGUAUAUAUAAAUAUAUAUAAAUACAUACAUGACUUAUGCUGGAAGUGAUGGGAGAUAAGAAGGCAGCCAAGCUUCCUGCUUAAUACACUUACACCUCAACAGAACCAUCCAUUGCUGUAAUGACUUAGUUUUCAUAAGACGGUACUUUUGAUAAGCAUAGCUGGACAGCAGAAAACUCAGGCCAAAUUAUUUAAAAAGGACAUCUUGCAACUGAAGUUGCAGCUUUUAUUCUGCUAGUUCCCAUGUUCACAAAUGAGGCAUUUUGUAAUGGGUUGAAAUGUUUUCAUGUAAAAAUUUUAAAUUUACUGGCAUUUUAGUUUCACUUGAAAAAAAUUGUGUCAAAGAGAUAUUAUUUUAAGGCAUGCAUCUUAGCAGCCAAUUUCACCACUUUUGUCUUAUAAUACUUUUAAAUUUUCAGAUCUAUGCGUCAAACAUAUCAAUCAAACAUUACGGGAAUAGGAAUGAAUUUUUUGUACAAUAAAUGCGGAAUUUGUAGAAAUUGUAUGUUCAG